CCCCCGCCCGGGCUAGGCAGGGCUCGGCGCAGCCUUUGCCGAGCGAGGGGAGGCUGCCGGGGAGGCCGGAGGGCGAAGCGCCGCCAGCCCCAUCCCGCGGCCACCUGCUGCUGGCUGCUGCCCCGGCCCUGUCCGUGGUGCUGCCGCCGGGCCGUGGAUCCCGCCCCGCGGGGAAAGCGGCACCCGAAGAUCCGGGAGCGCUCAGCAGCAUCCACCCACCCUCGGCUCUCUCCUCCAGGCACGCCAGAGGCAUCCUGUUGCACCGGGGACGAGGCGGCGAGAGGAGCCGGAGCGUUUUCCGCCAGAGCCGCUGCCCAGGCUGGGAUCUGCUCCUCGCUCCCAACAAUGGCUGCGCUGCCACGGCUGGUGUGGGUGUCCUCGGCCGUGCUGGUGGUCUGGGCUGGUUUUUGUUAUGCAGUAUGUGUUGAAGUUCCAUCAGAGACAGAGGCUGUCCAAGGAACACACAUGAAGCUUCUCUGCAUCUCCUGCAUGAAAAGGGAAGAGGUCACAGCCAGCACGAUGGUGGAAUGGUUCUACAGGCCGGAGGGUGGAAAAGAUGAACCCAUCUACAAGUACAGGAAUACAAAUCAAGAAUUUCCAAGCCGCUUCAGUGGUCGGUUACAGUGGAAUGGGAGUAAAGACAUGCAGGAUGUGUCCAUCACUGUGUUAAACGUGACCUUGAACGAUUCGGGUAUCUACACCUGUAAUAUCACCCGGGAGUUUGAGUUUGAGAUUCACCGGCCUCUCUUCACAAGCUCCAGACAGAUCCACCUCACCGUGGUGGAGGAGGCUGGAGAAGACUUCACCUCAGUCAUCUCUGAAAUUAUGAUGUAUAUUCUGCUGGUCUUCCUCACCUUGUGGCUACUGAUAGAAAUGGUCUAUUGCUACAGAAAAGUCUCUAAGGCAGAGGAGGCUGCCCAGGAAAAUGCAACAGACUACCUUGCAAUUCCAUCAGAAAACAAGGAAAACUGUGCCGUGCCUGUGGAGGAAUAGCAGAGAGGAUCCAGUGGAACAAACGGCACCAGGGUAUCACGCUAAAUGUAUCACGAUCCUCACUUCAGUACCUUCAAAUGACUUGCACUCCAAGGGAAUUCUCUCACUUGCAGGGGCUCUGAAGACAGAAGGACCAUGUCAUGCCAGCCAGGUUUGAGGGGGAGCUCUACGCCGUCGGGAGGAAAUACGGGGAAGUGUAAAUUCUCUUCCAUUUGCCUUGGACUCUGUACAGCCUUGACUUUGGCCUCAUGACUCCAUUCUGAGCUGCCAGCCCAUUUGUUAAUGGACUCUCCUUUUGAAGCAUGCUGAGCAAAGGGCACAGGGGUGUGGGCAGCUCGGCUCCUUCCCAAGUUUCAGUCCCCUCAUCACGUUAAUGGCUUUGUAAAUGUUAGUGUCAUUCCUUAGCUGCUGUCACCACCACUUUUAUUUGCAAAAUAUGCUAGUUCUCCAUUGCAGAGGUAAAGGUUGUAUGUAUCGUGUUGUUCUGACCUGCAGGACUGGGAACGAGGUCAUUUAGGGUGAUGUUCCACCAUUUGUUACAGCCCCAGCAUUUAUUGUAGGUGAUAAACAGAAGGAGUUCAAUUAUUUGAGUUAUUGCUCAGUAAGUUGCUCUGGACUUUGGGCUACCAGUGCAGAUGUAGAGUAUGAGGUAUGAAGACUAUAAACGCAUUGGAAUUGAUGAAAAAUGUGUAGUAGGAAGGAUGAGUCCCUGUGCCAUGUUCACACUUGCUUCUGAAGGAGGGAGCUGAGAACAUAAAUCCUGAAGUACUCCUAAUUUGGGAGGCUGUAUGAUACAAAAAUCCCCUGUACCCUCCCUUCCACUUAGCACGUGUCAAAAUUCUUAGUUCCUUCCAUUUCCCUUGUGUAGCAGGUUUACUCCUCAAGCAUGCAGAGACACAAUGGUAGGAAUAACCUGUGGAGCCGUGUUCAGCAACAACAGGCAAGCCAGUCAGACAAGGUAUGCCUUUAACCUGUUUCUGGGGAAAACCCUGAAAGGAUGACAGCUGGCAGCAAACAAGCAUGCCAAGUAAAUAGGCUGCGUAGUCCUCACAGUAAAAGGACCGACAGCUUUGUAAAAUGAUAGUACUUGUAACCGUGAUGGUCUUCUCAUGCUAUCGUGCAGCACCACCUAGAGGAAUAUGGAAAGUGGUUACUUUUUCCUAGUUUUGUAGUAAUUAUGUAUUACGUGAUGAUUAGUCUCGAUAUUCAUUGUAAAUGACCCACUACUGCACAGGAAUUACACUGUAAAUUCAGUGUAUGCAAACUGACCUUUUAAAUUUUAGUGGUUUAAACAGAAUAAAAUCAGUUUUCUGGCCUCAAACAUAGAUAUUUGAGCUCAAUAACCAGGACUAUGAGGAAACAAAUGGUAGAAACAUUGGCCGGGGUAGAAUUGUACUUAAAGUGGGAGAAGGUUUUCUUUUCAUAUAGUAGAUGGUGUUACACCCCUGCUGCAAUGGAGCCUGUACUGCUUGCAAGAGCUGACAAAUUUUGCUACACUGACCGCUUUUAAAUAUUACAAAGUGCUUGUGAAUCAAAAGCAUGCUUCCUACAUAUGGAAUUUCCCCUGCUUAUGUUCUGCUGCAGUUUAUGUGUUGCUAAAAAUCACAGAAAUUGUUCCAUUUGUCAGUCAAGCCCAAGCCAGAUUUCUAACUGGCAGUUAUUCAAAAAUGCCUUUUUUAGAGCAGCGUCAACUUCAGUAAACUACUAGGAUCCAGUCUUCACUGUAGGAUCUUUCUCAAGUCCAGAGCUGAGUCUGGCAACGUGAGCACAUUUUCCAGAUGAAGCACGCUUGUAGUCUGGGCACUGGUUCCUUAAAACAUAAUGUCCAAAAAUAGCUCCUCUUCCACUUUUGAUGGAUAUCUUUGUUUUCCCUAGGCCAACUUGCCUGACCUUAAGGCACUUUUGUGCAUAAUCCUAACUCUAGAUCCACAGCAACAGAGGAGUGACUAUACAAUAACUACAGAGUUUCCAUUGCUGACCAUGGCAAUAAUGCUCAGAGUGAUUUUUAGGUAAGGUUACAUAAAUCUCUCUCUCACUUCAGCUCUGUUCCUCCCAGUCCUUGUGAAGUAAUGAUAACCUUCUGAUGUUAUAAUGUGAAGUCAAAAAAGGAGUAAAUUGAAAACUUCUUGAGAGCUACCUCAGGUGGUAAAGAAGGGCCGUCCUUUAGUCCUGCACCUUCAGGUAUCUUACAUGCAUCUUCUUAAGAUGCCUUUUGGACAAAUCUUUCACUUUUCCAGCUCCUGCAUACAGAUAUGACUAUUGCCCUGUGUUGUUCUAGGUAGGGGAAAAUGGUGUCUAAAUUCUGCUCAAGAGUCCCAUAGUGG